AUGAGUUCUACUAGCAAAGCAUGGACAGUGGCAGUGAGCAUUGGAGCCGUAGAGGCGUUAAAAGACAAACUAGGUCUUUGUCGUUGGAACUACAUACUCCGGUCUGUGAACCAUCAUCUCCGUAACAACGUUAGAUCUUCUUCUCAAGGGAAAAGGCCUUCUUCUUCUGUCUCUGCUGGGGUUAUCUCCUCUGCUGAGAGUGAGAAGGCCAAGAAGACUGAAGAUUCGCUUAGAACUGUCAUGUACUUGAGCUGUUGGGGUCCUAAUUAA